GUGCGGUUCUUGCCUCAGACACCCCAGCGGCACUACAAGCGGUGGAACAAACGAUGUCUUCGACCACCUUCGAGGAACGUAAGAGUGUCGCUCUGGCGGCCUGCUUCAACGACAAGCGCUGCCAUCGGCGCCUGAUCGGCCAUCGAGCUCGCACCUUUGAUUUUCAGUUCCACCCAACAGAAGACGCCGCUAUAUCGGCGAGCGAGGACGGGACGGCCCGCGUGUGGGACCUCAGCAGUGGAAAGUGCGCCAAGUCCCUUGAGGGGCACAACAAAAAACACGAGGUGUUGCGGGCGUGCUGGGCCCCGCCGGGGGCGGCCAACGACUCGGUCUCCGUUGCUACCGGCUCGGCCGACGGCAUCGUCCGCCUAUGGGGCAUACGGCAUGGCGACGGCAGGGACGAAAAGAGCGGGGUAGACCGAUACCAAUCCCUCAAGGUCGUGGGGCAGUUGCGGCAUCGCAACGAGGCGAAAGGGCUCGACGGCCAGGUCUACUCUUGCCACUUCAUUCCCGAUCCCAGCGGCGGCGCGCCGCCAUCAUCGGCAGCGGCGAUGUGUCUGCUCACGGCCAGCGACAGCAGCGUUCACCUGUGGGACGUGGAGACGCGGAAGCGGGUAUCGUCCCGAGCCCUGUCGAAAGUCGGGGCACAUUCCAUCGGCGGGGAGCGGAACCCGGACGACCUCGCGUUCGUGUUCGACGCCAAGCCUCGCCCGGGGUCGGGGAGCUCCGUUCUCGCCGUCGCCCUCAGCGACGGCACGGUGAGGGUCGGGGAUGUCCUCCAACAGGGUGAAAAGGCCGCGGUGCUGCGAGGAGUCACCGACACCCAUCUCACGAGUUUGGCGUGGUCGGACGAUGGGACGGUCUUGGCUUCGUGCGGGGGAAACGGGACGAUUACGGUGUGGGACACGAGAACCUGGACGGCAAGGUCGGUCUUGUGGGGCCACUCGAGGCCGGUGUACGGGGCGGCCUUCUACUCCUGUGCUGGCAACGGCGGGGGGGGAGCAGCGGCGGCGGCGGCGGCGGCAACAACAUCGGGACAAGAUUGCCCGCCGCAGCUCUUGCUGUCGUGGUCUAGCGACGAGACCGUGUGCGCUUGGGACACAGGCAGAGCCACCGGUGACGCGACAGCCCCUCUCGCAACCCUUUCAGUCGAGGAAGGGUUUCCCGUGUACAGUUGCUCGGUCUCGGCGGAUGGCCGGAGGUUUGCCUUGGCGGGAGGAGGCGGAGAUGAGAAGAGCGCCGGCUUCCUCGGCGUUCCCAUCAAGCUCGUGGAUCUGAGCGACGAAGCGAGAGCGAAAGAUGGGAAGGAAAGUUUUGCCGACAAUGGGAGCAAUGAACCAGCACAGGGAUGA